AUGAAUCUCCUUCUCUUGUUGUGUACCUAUGCGACACUAUGUCUCGCACUGCCAAUUCAAUUCGUCCUCACUGGUGAUACACCUACCAUUCGCCUGAGCUCGAAUACGCCGAGUGAGACUAUCAAGCCAAGGCCCGUCGUGACAGCCGAAGACCAAGAGCUUUCUCCCAAACCGACUUUCCGCGAGUACGUUGAGCGUCUCCGUUUGGGAAGGCCGUCAUCUGCCAAAGGAUCCAGUCCAGAUGCAAAGUGGCCGACGAAAUCAGAAUUCCAGAACCAGGGAGAUGAGCCAUCUUUCUUUGGAAGAAAAUACGGGAUCUUGCUAAGCAGCCCGAGUCAAUCUACUACGUCUCCGCCCUCCCGGCAAUAUGGCGUCUUCCUGGACAAAGUCAGCAAAUUUGUCGAACUACAUGGUCCCAAAUCUCACUCCAUUGCAUCAAAUCCGUCCGCAAAUCUCCACUCGGAGCCAGACUCUUCACUUGGCCGUCUCUAUGGAACAUUCUUGGGCGGAAUGGACACUUUAAUGCCAUCCGAGAACCACCCCAAGAACGCGCUCGCAAAAUCCAAAUUGCGCAAGAAUGGCUCCUGCGACUCUUCUAAGAGUAUUGCCACCUUCCUCAACCCGUCAGAGCUACUCGACCUCCUUGACACUCAUGGUCCAGAAUGCGUCGCUGUGGCCAUCUUCAUUCUUUUCCCUCUUGCCUAUCUCGUCCUCGAGUUCCUCGAACUGAUCCUCAAACGCUGUACCCACGAGAAGUAUCCAGAGCGCGGCCGUGAUCGCGUCCGGCUCUUUGGUCCAGAGAGACAGCUUCGAGCUUGGAGUAAGAGACAAAGGGAGAUGGUUCUCGAGGAGAAGCAGUGGUGGUCGCCACGGCAGACGCGAUCACGAUAA